UUUUUCAUUUUAUUUUAGAGUGGUGCCAACCUGAUCAAUACGUUUGCAGCAAUUCCAAAAUGUGUAUCGACGAGGAUAAGAUUUGUAAUGGUUUCCGAGAUUGUCCACAAGGAGAUGAUGAAAGACAAUGUGUGACCAUAGCAGCUGACAUCGAAUCUGCAGAUAAAUUUCCCUAUUACUCUGAAGGUUACUUAAUGGUGAGGAAAUAUGGAAAAUGGGGUAAACUUUGUAUAGACAACUUCGAAAAUGUCGUCACCUUAUCGCACAUUUCUUGGCAAAUUCCAGACCUUGGAAAAGCUGUUUGUAAAUCCAUGACGUACCAAACUAUGGCUUCUAUAAAAACAGUGACGGAACACCGAAAGGAUAAAAAGGAAGCGGAAUACUUCGAAUUGACGUACUCCUUCCAGAACGAGACGAAGUCCAAUUUGUCCUUCAAAAAGUCGUCAUGUAGCGAUAAGAAGACGGUGAAGGUAGAAUGCCAGUCUCUCGAAUGCGGUGCCCGUCCACAGGCUGUCAAACAUAUUGCUAGGGUGGUUGGUGGUGGUAAUGCAGGACUGGGAGCUUGGCCGUGGCAAGCAGCUCUUUAUAAAGAGGGUGAAUUCCAAUGUGGAGGUACUCUGUUAUCAGAUCGAUGGUUAGUUUCUGCUGGACACUGCUUUUACCAUUCCCAGGAAGAAUACUGGGUUGCCAGACUGGGUGCUCUUAGACGAGGCACUUCCUUACCGUCCCCUUACGAACAGCUGAGACCAGUCAUAAAAAUAUUGGUCCAUCCUGGAUAUGUCGAUUCGGGAUUCAUUAACGAUAUUUCUCUUCUUCAACUCGAAUCUCCAGUUGUUUUCAGCGACUACGUUAGGCCAGUAUGUUUGCCGCCUCCACAGCAAGGCCCCGAAGAUGGCCAGCUAUGUACAAUAGUCGGAUGGGGGCAACUGUUUGAAGUUGGAAGAAUAUUCCCCGAUACUUUACAAGAAGUUCAAGUUCCCAUCAUAUCAACCGCGGAGUGUAGGAAGAGGACCCUAUUCUUGUCGCUCUACCGUAUCACUGACGACAUGUUUUGUGCUGGAUACGAAAGAGGAGGAAGGGAUGCUUGUUUGGGUGAUUCCGGUGGACCACUCAUGUGUCCAGAAUCGAAUGGUAGAUGGACUUUACAAGGAAUCACCAGUAACGGUUAUGGCUGUGCGAGGGCGAAUAGACCUGGCGUCUACACAAAAGUAGCAAAUUAUGUUGAAUGGAUCACUUUAAACAUCGGAGGACAAGAAAUUCCUUCCGAGAACACCAUCUCAACUAAUUCCUGUUCCGGUCAUCGAUGUCCUUUAGGCGAAUGCCUUCCAGAAAGCAGGUUAUGUAACGGCUACAUUGAGUGCAGUGAUGGUAGCGAUGAAAGAAACUGCGAAAACAAAAAUUGAUAUGGUCGUUAGUCAAGAAUAGUGCAAUUGGAAACGAAAAUCAAUAGUGAUAAGAUGUUCCCAAUUAUGGAUACUAGUUAUGAACUCAAAAUAUGUACCUAUUGAUACAUCAAUGACAUAAUCAUAAGACAAACAUCCAAAAUGGGAAUAUCAGUGAAAUAUUUGAAAAUUCACAUAACAUACGAAAGAGAUUCAAGUCUCAUUUGGAUAACUUUCAGAUAACAUUUCAGAGGAUGCCUGCCCCAUAUUUCUUUAUGGAUAUGAAAUGGGCAUCCUAAUUUAUUUGGGUUGAUGGUUUAAAAAAAUCUCUUUCGUAUAGUUGAUGGGAACUGAGUGUGAUAUCUGUAUUUAUGUAAAUAGAGUAGUAUUUUCUGUGCCUUGGUCAUAGUCUAUAUUUAGGUAUAGACCACGCUGUAUUUGAGGAAUCAUUUUCAUAUUGGGAGCAGGGGGCAUCUCGCCAGGUAGUUGAAUUUUCAUCAUGGAUUAGUUUUGGAAAAGUCUCAGUAUUAUUGAACCAAUUUUUUCCUUUAUGAUCGACUUCAGAUCACAUUAUGAUAGUUACAGACGUGCUCUGCAAUUGCUGAGGAAGCAAAGUCUCACUAAGGAAGAGAAUUAAUCUAAAAAGAUCUACAAUAAAAUGGAAAGGUUUACAAAACAGGAAACUAAUAACAUAAUUGGUGAAAUGAGCCUAGUUUUAUAACAAAAUUAUAGGAGGAGAUGAAUCAAUGUCAGAUCUACUUAUUUAGAAUCAGGAACACUGUCAUACCUAGACAAAUCAUGGCAGUUAGUCUAUGUAGAAUGAUGGUCCAGCCUGAAAACGAAUCUUAUUUUUGUAAAUUAUCUCUGAUGAUUACUAUUAGCGACUGAUACAUCUAAACACAGCUUUGUAGAUCUUGAAAAUUCCUAUACUUUUUAUAAUUGAAAUAAAUUUCAUGUCAUACUUUCAUUAUUUAUAUGUAUUUUCUGUUUCUCCACAUCCAUUUGAGUUUUCAUUGCUGUCUAUCUAGUGAGGCUCAGUAAAACUACCAUCUUCAUCUACAUUUAAUUUGCACAAAGGAAUGUUACUUACUUUUCUACAAUUGACCUGACCAUAUCUAUCUCAGUUAUAGAAACAUUUCUGGAAUCCUAAUAUUUUCAGAUAAUGGCAACCAUUCAACAAAAAUAAAAACAUAGACAACCAGUUCGAACUACAUUUGGAGUUGGAAUUCAAAAGGAGUUCACAAUUUCGAAAGUUGAAGGAAGUGGAAAUGCCAAUUUGAAACUAGAGUAGAUAUUUUGAAAAAUUCCGAGAGAAAUUUUUCGAGAAUGGUAUCAUUUUUUUUUUGUUUUGAAAAAGAUGCAAAUUCUAUUUUUUGGUUCAACCGAUAGUGAUGUUUCAGAUCCGCGGUAAUGAGGUGUAUUCUAGACAAGUAUGAAAUGCUUUGUUUUCAAAUUCAGUCUAUAUAAAACCUUCGUGGAAAAUGUAUUUACAGUAGAACAACUGAAAUAUGACAAAACGUUUUUGAAAUUAUUCAUCAAAUUCUUUUAUGGGACUAUUUAUCUGGCUCUAUUACUAUUUUUCAGUGAAAAAAUUCAUUUCAUUUCAUUAUAUACUUUCGAAUUGAAAACUGACUAAAAAUUAAUAUUCGAUGUAGUCUGAAAAUAGCAUAUGCAUUUAAGUAAAGAUUAGGUGAGGAACUUUCAUAAAUGGGAUACAGAAAAGUUAUAACAGAAAAUUAAAAAAUGCAUAAAUGCAAAAUGAUUUUCCAUAUUUUAAAUUGCAAAGAUAUAGUUCAUCAUCCCUUUUUCUGUUUCGUUAACAACAAAAAUUGUUUACUAAGAGUUUUUUACCACAUUCAUAAAUGACUAUUCGGGGAAGUCUAUCUGAAUACACAGUAUAUUAUGUACUAGUCCAAUUAACACUGUUCAUUCCUAUCACCCAUACUAGUCAGGUGGAGAUAUCUGUGUGAUAUUUCUUAUGAGAACUCACACACAGGCGAUUUUUCACUUGGGACUCUACAGGAAAAUAAAACGUUUGAUAUUCCUGGAGAGUCACUUUUUGCUGCUAAAAUAGAAAGCACAUGAUCAUACCGCACUUUGGCACAAUAACGGGCAAAUUUCAACUGACUAGAUCAUUCACUAACCCAGAUUUUCAGCCUAAAUGUAUCUAGCCAUGCGUUUAUGUAUCAUUGAUUGGUUCUAAACAAAUAUUUAUCGAUACACUUUCUUCAACUAAAUGAUGAAUACGUUAAUAUGCUAAAGAAGAUCGUGUCAUUAUUCUCGGCUAUUGUAAAUCAGAAACACAUUGCUAGUCUUUUCAAACUAAAUACGACAUUGUUGACACAACAUUCCCUCUAAUUAAGCUGUCUCCUUUGAUAUCACCUCCACUGUUGGAAGUGCGUUCCUUUCAUAUCUCAUUUAAUAUCUUCUAGUUCAUUUGAUUUGGAAUAUUUGACCCUCUGGUCGAAAUGAUUCCUGUAUAGAGUUAUUGGAUGUUGAACGGGGGGUCAAAAUAGAACUUGGAUUACAUAAUAUCUGAAUGGUGUAAUGAGAAAUGUAUCCAGGCUAUUAUAGUAUUUUAUAUGACAAUAAUGGAAGUUUAUAUGACUUCAAUGUUCAAGUAGAAUGAAAAUAAAUUUUAGA